GGAAAACUUGGGAAGCGAGUUUGUCACCAAAAUAUCACUCAGGACUUGGCGCAUAGACUACUCAGCUCGACUUGUCCGACAAGUAGUCUACUUUAGUCCGGACAAGAAAUCACCCUACAGUACAGAAAUUACGCCCUAUUAGUGUCUGUUGGUUGAAGGAUGGGACAAUCGGGGAGCACCGAAUGCGAAGGAGCCAAGUUGAACGUGAGUCGUCCUACAUCAACGCCCAAACCGACGAUAUCGAGAGAGACGUACCCAACAUACACUCGGGCCAUCGUCCGCGGGAUUCCCAACUCCAUACGUGAUCGCUCUGAAGCGAGACAACAGAACGGACUAGACUGCUGCUCGCUGUUUUUAGGUUUUUAUGGUGGUCACUACACUUACGACAACAUCCCCGAAUGGGUCGAAGUUGGCAAAGCUCGCCGACAGCACGCCCGGUACAUCCGGGUCCUGCGGGACCUGGGUCUAGAGGUGACCGUCCUACCGGCGGACGAGUCCACUCCGGACUGUCCGUUCGUGGAGGACACCUGUGUGGUGGUCGGUAACAGAGCGCUGGUCACCAGGCCCGAGGGAAUGGUCCGAAGAAGAGAGCUCGCCAGCGUUGAGACCUGCCUGAGAAGUUUGGGUUUAGAGGUUCACAAGAUAUCUAGUUCGGGUGCUACACUUGAGGGUGGCGACGUCGUCUUCACAGGUACAGAAUUCUUCGUAGGAGACUCCUCCCAGUCCAACCUGGCUGGUCACAGGAUCCUGGCCGAGACGUUCCCAGAGUACCCCGUGCACUCCGUCCCUCUGUACCCGCCCGAGUUCCACCUGAAAGGCGUUGCCUGCUGUGCGGCGCCGGGUGUCAUCGCUCUUGCGGACAACAGUGCCGGGCGUUUGGCAUGGGACGUCAUCUGUAGAAAGGGUGUAUCGUCCUACCAGCCGCUGUGGCUGCCAGACGGUUCUGCUGUGGACUGUAUCUACGUCAACGGAACACUCAUACACUGUUCAUGGGAGGAAGGGCGCUCAAACUGCCAGGUGUUUGCGCAGAACCUUCCAGGCUAUAACCUAGUCAAAGUGCCUCUGGACGAGCUGGGGAAAGUCCAGGCUGCUCUGUCCUGCUGCUCAGUUCUCUUCUGACAACGGAAAUGUUCACAAAAUUCUCGACUACUGGUCAAUAUAAAACUAGAAAGGUAACAUCUGCAAUGUUUGUAAAGGUAGCAUUUGCAAACGCAUAAUAUUUACAUUUGCAUAUAGGUUGCUCUGUUAAUUCUUACUCAAAUACAUUCAUACUGAUGGUCAGACUAAAUCCCUCCUACUAUAAACUUGAAACAUUACGUGGUAUUAUUGACAUGAAACUGGUUAACCCUUAUCCGACUAAAGCAUUUGGAGACGGAACGGACCCCAGUCAUAAGUUAAAAAAUUGAGUGAUUUCUUAACUCAAACAUUUUGUUUAAGUUCGUUUUUAAUUAGCGUUAGGUCGUCGUCCAAUGAGUAUCCAAACAUGUCAAAAUCCGGUUUGUAGAUUUCUCCGAGGCGACGUAUGUCCUCCGUCGGGACCUCACGGAAGGUGGUACCGAAGUUUGCUUUAGCCCGUGAGGGGCGCUGUCUCGGGAGAAGGCCGUCCUUCCCUACGAUACCGCUCCUGUGGAAGAACAGGAGAAGGUCUUCUGGCAGCGUGUCUGUAUGAGCAAUAAAAUCGUAUUGAACCUGCAAUGGAGUAGAAAGGUACACUUAGGUAUUAUUGUGAACAUAUUGUACUACAGCGGGAGAGGUAGUUGUGUUUGAGGUUGUUUACUUUCCUUCUUUACGAUAUACAAGGGUCGUUUGUGUGUGUGUGUGUGUGUGUGUGUGUGUGUGUGUGUGUGUGUGUGUGU